UGGUUGAGGCUCCUACUGAAGCUUACCUUGAUGCUUUGUUAGAGAACACUGCCUUCACCCAGUAUCAGUCUUCUGGUAUGUGUGAGGGAGAUGUGGCAGAGGCGAUAGUACAUUUCACUCCUUCUGAAGUUAUGGCUGAUCCCCGAUAUCAAGAGUGGAUGGCCCGAUUCUCCCCUUCGGCUAAUCAUAUUGUUAUUAAUGGCAACAGUUCUUGUAUGGGAUCUGAAGCUGUGCACAGAAUUCAGUACAAACUUAAUCACCUUAGCGAAACACUCUUUCCACUUCUGAAAGACACGGGCAUUCCUCUCAAAGAUACAAAUACUUGUACUGCUGAAGGGAGUGUGACAAGUGUGAAUGGUUCAACUUUUGAAUCCCCAAGUCAGUCAUGUGGAAAUUUAUCUUUGCAACAAGAAGAAAAUAGCUGUAACUCAAGAUCAAGUCCACAACAUUGUAUAGGUCCAACCCAUCAAGCCAACACCCUCCUUACGUACCAUAUUCGACCAAAGAAGAAACUUGAUAGAUCAAAUGACCUGGUACUGUGUCCAGAGACUUACCUAAAAGAAUGCUAUGACCAGGAGAAGUUUAAGCCUGCCCUGCUCAGUUUCAAGUCUAAGCUACAAGCUUCCCUCCAAGAGAAACAAAAUUCCUCAGAUAUUUCUGGCAACUACCCAAGCAUAACAUUUUUGGGAACUGGUUCUUGUAUACCAAACAAAACUCGAAAUACUUCGGGUAUUCUGCUAAGUCUAAGUUUUGAUAAGAAUCUGAUAAUGGAUUGUGGUGAAGGAACCUACGGACAAAUAAUUAGAUUAUUUGGAUUAACUAAAUCUGACGAAAUCCUUCGGAAGUUGAGUGCUGUCUAUGUAAGCCAUCUCCAUGCUGACCACCAUAUUGGGUUCAUCCGCCUCUUGCUUGCCAGAAGGAAAGCUUUCCACCGAGCUGGAAUAUACAAUGUACCUAAGCUGAUACUUCUUGCCCCAUUUAAAAUUAUGGCAUACCUCAGCUCCUACCAUGCCAACUUUGAACCUAUCCUCAAUGACUUCACCAUUACCGGAAAUCAGAAACUUCUUACUGAUGGUUUGAAAUUAGACCAAGAAAGCUACGAUGAUCUCUGCUCACAACUGGAUAUGAAAAGAAUUGAUAUGACUUUUGUCAUUCAUUGCCCAAAUUCAUUUGGAGUGGCUUGGACUCACAAAGAUGGCUGGAAAGUUGCAUAUUCUGGAGAUACUAUGCCAUGCAGUGGUCUUGUUGACAUAGGUCAAAAUUGUGAUUUGUUGAUUCAUGAAGCUACAAUGGAAGAUGAUCUUGAAGAGGAUGCUAAAAUAAAGACACACUGUACUACCUCACAAGCUAUUCAGGUAGGUCGGGACAUGAAUGCUCGAUACAUCCUACUUACCCAUUUUUCACAGCGUUAUGCCAAAGUGCCACUUUUAGAAGAUCUGCCAGCACAAGUUGGGAUAGCAUUUGACAAUAUGACAGUUUGCUUCAAGGACCUUGCUACUCUCCAUCACAUGUAUGAGGCAUUGGUAGCCAUGUUUGCUGAGGAUUAUGAUGAUAUGCUAGAGAAAACAGCCAAGAAACGUGCAGCACGAGAAAGGCUCAAGCAGCAGGCCAAGGUAGAAGGGGAAGUUCAGUGAGAAAAUAUUUUCCUGGAUCUAAAGAAUGUUUCAAACUCGAACAGCCGAGUCAUACCAAAGUUAACCUUCAAGCAGUGAGGUCCCAGGUAACCAGUGAUAAAUGCCCAUGAGAUCCAACAACAAGCAGCGAUGUGUUCAUCCGUCCACGAUAGGGAGGCCUGAGACUGCACCUGACUGUACACUACUUGAGUGAGUGAGGUCCCGUGACACCAGGCCACAUGGUGCUCCUGUGACACUAUGGCACCACGUAGUGAAUGAGUUGUUACAGCAUCAUGUAGGUCCCUCAUAACACCAUCUGUGAGG